AUGCACGUGUCUCCCACCCCUUCUCAGAACACUGGGCAGAUUCCAGACAAGAAAACCGGGCCCGGACCCGGGCCCCAGCCUUCGCCUCUAACUGGCGCAAAUAAUGCCCGUACAGCCUCACCCAACCCUCAGGCGACCACAGGCUGGAAUGCUUUCUCUCCAGGCAACUGGAAUGACUCGGCGGGUGUGCCUGGGAAUGUGCAGGCCACAUCAGGAGCAACCAUGCCAACCCCUGCGCAGAACCAUGCAGCUGCACCCGGAAGCACAAACGCAAACGCACACGCAAACGCAAACGCAAACUCGUACACAGACACACAACAACAACAACAACCGACAGGUGGCGCUGGCUGGAACGCUUUCCCAGCCCCACCACCGGCCCAGUCAACACCUCCGACACAACCAGCCCAGCCACAGCACACACAGGCACCUGUAUCUACACCUACACCACCAACUACACAGACAGGGGCGGUAUCAGGCGGAUGGGCAGCCUUCGGUGAUGCGCCCCCUAACGACCAAUCGAACGCCUUGGAAGCGCAACAGCAGCCAAUGAAAACGCCGGAAACGAAUCCGGCCGUGUGGCCGCCGAGUGUGGAGUCAUUUGCGGCGGAUAUGCAGGCAGCGAAAGGGCUGGCACAACAGAAUCAGCAGUACCAACAACCACAGCAACAACAGUACCAGCAACCACAGCAACAACAGUACCAACAGCAACAGCCACAGCAACCACAGCAACAACAGUACCAACAGCCACAGCAACAGCAAUAUCAACAGCCACAGCAACAGCAAUACCAGAAGCCACAGCCACAGCAACAGCAAUACCAACAGCCACAGCAACCACCGCCAGGAAUGGGCGUACGCACCACCGCCCCGCAGGCCCAGGCACAUGUGUACAAUGCACAACUCCCCACAGCCGUACAAUCACCCAGCACACCUACCAAUGGCAACCCAGGGCUGUCGCCUGGCGCCGCUAGCGCGAAAGCCCCAAUCACCGCCACCAAAGGGAGCGCAGGCCCAGCCAUGUCCAACUACGACGCGUUGGCCGAUCUACAUGCCGCGGGAGGCGCAUCCACAUUCUCACCCACACCCGCGCACGCACCACCGCCACAGUACUGUUUAGGGGCGGCUCAGGCGGUCCUGCACCCGGCAAUGGGCAGCGCCCCUGUAACGCCUAAUUAUAGUGCGUUUGGAGAGAUCUCUGCGGCCACAAGUACACACCCACCCCAGAAACAUAGGGCCAACUCGCCUGCUCAGCAUCCACACAUGCAGGGUCAGGCCCAGGGUCAGGGUCAGGGUCAGGCUCAGGCACAACCCCAACGGCAACAGCAACGACCGCAUUCACCACAGCAACCAAGGCAGCAGCAGCAACGUAUGCCGCCAGCACAAGUAUCCCCUGGCACUGCACAACCGCCACAAGCCGGCAAGCAGGUCAUGACCCAAUCCCAGACAGCCGUGUUCCACAAGGAGAUGCAGGACUGGAUGGCGGCGAACUCGGCCUAUGCGCCAUCGUACCACCAGCAGAUGACGGUGAUCUUCCAGAAGGCGCAGGCGUACUCGGCACAGCUUGUGCAGUAUGGAGCCAUGUUGGCCAGUAACCCACAGGGGGCACAGGCGUGGUUGGUGCAGUACGAGACCAGUGACCCGAAGGCGGCGGAUAUUUUUAGAAAGUGCUAUGUUGCUAAGGCCAAAGCGAUGCAGAUCGAUGCUCAAAAGCAGCAGCAACAGGCACGCAAAUAA